CUGAAGGGGCAGGAGGCUGUGAGUCGUUGUUGCCUGGAAGCAGCUGAAAUGUGGUGCAAAGAACAUCGAAUUUAGAGUCAGAACAUCUGGGUUCAAAUUCGACUUUGCCACCGAGAAACUGAGUGACUUUGGGCGAAUUAUGUAAGCUUGAGAAUAUAAGUUUACUCAUCUGGAAGAUGGGGUUAAUAACAUCUACACAGGCUGCUGUAAGGAUUAAAUUAGACAAAGAAUCUGAAAGCACCUGGAUAAAUGCUUAUCAUGAUUCUGGAAGGAAGUGGUGUAAUGAAUCUCAACCCCAGCAACAACCUCCUCCACCAGCAGCCGGCCUGGACAGACAGCUACACCACGUGCAAUGUUUCCAGUGGGUUUUUUGGAGGCCAGUGGCAUGAAAUCCAUCCUCAGUACUGGACCAAGUACCAGGUGUGGGAGUGGCUCCAGCACCUCCUGGACACCAACCAGCUGGACGCCAGUUGCAUCCCUUUCCAGGAGUUUGACAUCAAUGGCGAGCACCUCUGCAGCAUGAGUCUGCAGGAGUUCACCCGGGCAGCAGGGACGGCGGGACAGCUCCUCUACAGCAACUUGCAGCAUCUCAAGUGGAACGGCCAGUGCAGCAGUGAUCUGUUCCAGUCCACACACAAUGUCAUUGUCAAGACAGAACAAACUGACCCUUCCCUCAUGAACACCUGGAAAGAAGAAAACUAUUUAUAUGACACCAACUAUGGUAGCACAGUAGAUCUGUUGGACAGCAAAACUUUUUGCCGGGCCCAGAUCUCCAUGACAACCACGGGUCACCUUCCUGUUGAGUCACCUGAUGUGAAAAAGGAACAAGACCACCCCACAAAGUCCCACACCAAAAAGCACAAUCCCCGCGGGACGCACUUAUGGGAGUUCAUCCGCGACAUCCUGCUGAACCCAGACAAGAAUCCGGGGUUAAUCAAGUGGGAAGACCGGUCUGAGGGCAUCUUCAGGUUCUUGAAAUCGGAGGCUGUGGCUCAGCUGUGGGGGAAAAAGAAAAACAACAGCAGCAUGACCUACGAAAAACUCAGCCGAGCGAUGAGAUAUUACUACAAAAGAGAAAUUCUGGAACGCGUGGACGGGCGAAGACUGGUAUAUAAAUUUGGCAAGAAUGCACGUGGAUGGAGGGAAAACGAGAACUGAAGCCACUGACGCCUUGAACACAAACCUGAACACACCAUGUGAUAACCACUCGAGAGCUCCCCGGACGUAAAUAUUUCCAAGACUACUUUUCUCUGAUAUUUAUGUACCAUGAGGGGAAAAAAAAUACAUCGACUUCUAACAGGAGGAAGGAACAUUACAGUUGAUAAAAUUAUUUUGUUACUUUGAAGUAUGUCCUAUAUGGGGAACAAAUGUACACAGUUUUCUGUGAAAUAUGACGCUGUAAGUGGUUGUGAUUUGUUUUUGCCUCUAUUGUGAAGUUCUUUUCGGCGGCAAGAAGAACAGUUUGUAGUCUUGUGCUUCUUGCUAAGAGAAAGGAAAAAAAAAAAUCAGAGGGCAUUAAAUGUUUUUAUAUGCAGAGUGGUUUAGGAAAAGAUGAUGUGUCCUCCGCUGGAUCGUAAGCAUCCACGUGGUCUCGUCAGGAGAAGUGGGCGUGGUCGCUGGGAAGAACUCCAGGGUCUCAGAUUGAUGGGAUGAGCUGGAAGGAUGCUGGCAAGUUUAACCUGACCUUCAAGAGCCAGUGAGUGGAGAAUGAGGACUUCCAGAAUCCAGGGUGGACUGUAAUCACUGCAUAACCACAGGACUUUCAUGUUUAAAUCAGCAAGAAGAAUAAUGGUGGAGGGGACUUUCUACACUCAUUCAGGAAAGAUUUACUUGGUGCCAAGGCUGUCUUCCCUUCUCCCCCUUGGAUGAUUGGUGAAAAACUUCAGUUGCCACCUCUGCUCUCUUUUAUUUAAGAGAAGGUCCAGCCUCGGUUAUUUUCAUCCCAAUUGCUUACAAUAAGUGGGAGAAAGGGGGUAGUUUGUUCUUGUACUCCCAUAGUCCAUGGUUUCUCAAUGGGCACAACUGACGUUUUGGGCUGCAUGGUUCUUUGUUGUGUAUUAUUUGGCUGUCCUGUGUGUUGUGGGAUGUUCAGUGGUGUCUAUGACCUCUACCCACAAGAUGCCAAUAGCACUCCGGUCCCAGAAGUUGUGACAACCAAAAAUGUCUCCAGACAUUGCCAGAUGUUCCCCGAGAAACAAAAUUGCCCUUAACUGAGAACCACUGAUUUAGCCAGUCAAGAUGAAGAUGGUGAUUUAUUCUCAAAACAAUAAGAAAUAAAGAUCUUUUAGUCCCUAGAGUGGGGAAAAAAAAGCAAGACUUUAAAGUCAACCUGUUUCUAACUUUUAAAAUGUCAGACAAUGGAUUGAAAAAUCUAGAGAGUCUUCUUUUCAGAACCCCAGAUGAGAGCCAGAGUCGGGUGCAUUAAACAGGAGCUCACACUAGAACACAUUUCACUGGGAUUACAAAACAGUGAAAAUGGUAUUGCAGGAGGAAACACUGAGAGGGGAGAGAGAGAGAGAGGAAGAGAGAGAGAGAGAGUGUGUGUGUGUGUGAGAGAGAAAGAGAAAGUGAAAGUUCCAGGGAAAGUCUUUGCAGAUGUUAAUUCUUACAGUCUUUCCUCUUUUGGAUAAUCUCUUUCUUGUCUCAUCUUAACUCAUUCCAGAGUGAAUCAUUUCUUGCCUAGCUUUGCAUCCAGAGGAAAUGUUUAAAAAAAAAAAAAAAGGAAGAUAGAAAACAGAAAACUCAGUUCAGGGGCUACAGUCAGUGAGGAGGUGGGGGCGUCUUCAAGGAUGGCAUUAUUCUGGGUACCUGGAGACUCAGCAGUGCGCCAGGAAAUCGGGGAGGAACACGAGCCUGUAGAUGCUUUGAAAAUGAAUUUGAACAUCCAGAUCCCUUUUGCAACUUGUCUUUUUGGCUCCCCACGUCCUUGGCUUUCUCCUUCCUCCUGCACUGUCUUAAUAUGGGGAUGAAGGCAUGUGUCAACGGGAGGGAGUGCUCUUGUCACCGGCUAAUGGAGUGCCAGCCACCGUGUCUUACUCAGUUGAGGCGAACCAUUCUUAGUCAAAGUGUUUGUGAUGGAUUCAGAAAGUUGGAAGGAUGAAGAAUUAAGAAUUUUUAAAAUUCUAAUUAUAAUGAGAGCCAUUUUGGCUGGUGGUCUUGGUGCACAGCUUAGUGAGAUGAAUGACCUUCUGAAGGUACAACCAAGUUGUUUUUCUUUCUGCCUGGCUUGGUCACCUCUGCAAAGGUGUUACUCAGUGUUGUCAAGUAACAGUCACUGAGGGAAUUGACAUCAGUGACGCCGGACAGCACAGAUCUGAGACAUUCCUGCAUGAAAGACACACCUUGCUCCCCAAGCAAGGAUAAAGGACGAUGAAGUUUUACCCGGCAUUUGACUAUACCACGCACAACGAAUUAAAACUCUAGAGAUUUGAAUUAGUGUAAGCAUGUGAAUGUGUGUGUGUCUGUGUGUGUCUGAAUGUGUGAAGUUAUUAGGGACAUCUGCUAAUUCACUCCCUGGCUUUGCCUGUUCAUCAUCUAAGCUGCCUGGAUCCUUCUCUGAGCUCGCCCUUCCUCAGACCUCUAGGUUUCUCACGUUCCUCCACAUUGGCCUUGGAUCCUUCUGCACCUUUCCAUUGAAGAGCAGUCCCUGCUAGGUAGUGAGUCUGGGGCGUACCAACUGGAACACUCUGCAGAUAAUUAGCAGAUUGUGUUAUUUGUUGGAUGUGACGGUUUCUUGGCACCCGGUUCCUGCUUAAAUAGGUUGGUGUAUUAAGUUCUCAGCAUAUCUCUCUAUUGCCUUGGCUUGAGUUUGAUGCAUUUUCUAUGUGCUGUUCGUGACUUGGAGAACUCACAGGAAUCGAGUCAUGCCAACUUGGGGUGUGAACAGAAUCCUUCCCACCGCAGUGCUGUGAGGGAGAGCAAAAUCCCAAGGAUAAGGCAGCAUCAGGUGAAGCCCCCUGCUUUGGGAGACUCACAGCUUCUCAUUUGAGAAGCUCGUCUGAGAUGGAUGCUCCGAUGGUCACUACACAUAGUCUUCUGAAACCCUUCUAAAGCAUGGGCUCUUAUUUGUUUUUUUUUAAUUUAUUUUUUUUCUCAUGGGAACCUGAGUCAGGAAAUGUACUGCUAAGACUUUACCAGACUCAGAGCAUCCCAAGCUUCUAGAUAUUUGACUUGAUGAAACUUGCACUAAGCUCUGACUCCCAGGGUCAUACCUACAGCUUCUGGAACUUGCUUUCCGAGCAGGGCAGACCUAGGCGAUGAGUUUGCCUUUGAACAUGCUUGUCCUUCUUCAAAUUCUUACCCUGCUAGACUGUAAACUCUGAGACAAGGGACUAUAUCUUAUCAACAUUGUUUUCCCAGUACCCAGCUUGAGACAGGCCCUCAGUAAAUACACGCUGAGUUAGUGAAUUAAUGUCUUCUGGAAGACUCCUCGGGUUGGGAGGCCACGUCCAUAAUUGGGGCGUGAAUUGUUUCUUCCCUGGACUCACAGCACAAUGGCCAGAACUUCAAGGACAAAUUAUCUAUUAGAUGAAUACUGUACUGAGAGACUCUCUACUUUACCUUCCUACCUGUGCUGAAAUGAAACCGAAACGGGCUGCUUGGGUCUGCAAGUCCGCGUAUGCUGUGUGAGAAUUCUGCCACCUUCUUAGGAACUGUGAGACUGCCCUGGGGUAAGGAGCCAGUAACGAACCUUUAACCUGGUUUAACCAAUGAAGAUUAUGAAUGUGUUGAUAUGAGGUGAAUUGCUGUUUAAGUGUAAACCAGUUCUAAGGUUUAGUAUUUGGGGGUUGGUUUGUAUUUUUUUUUUCUUUUUGAAAAACAUUGAGGGAUCUUUUGAUAAGGUUAGUCAUGCAUGUUAGAUUUUAGUUUUGCAAGUGUGUUGUUUUUCAAAUGUAUAAAAUAUAGGACAAGUUAAAAUCGUAAGAGGGAAAGGCAAUUGUAUUAUUCUUCUACAGUUAAAAAAAAAACUGUGCGUGUGUACUACGUGCACAACGUGGAACCAUAUUCGUGAGGAGCUUAUCUGACUGUAUCAGGUGUAUCAGAUAGUCCACAGGAGCCCAUUGGAUGGAUACUUACUGUGUGAACAAAAGAGCACAGAAAUCACAAUAUCAGAGCUGAGUAAACCUCAGCCCUGCUUCUUGGGAUUCCAUUUCUGGAAUAAGAGGUAGAGCAUUUAAUAAAAACUCAUUGAUCCUGUGCCUCAUGAACCAUGGAAAUGUAUGAGCCUUCACCAGCCGAGCUUAACUGGGAUAAAUCUUUCUGUAACUAUCUGCAUAAUUCUUGCUUGUCUUCCCAUCUGGCUUCUGGGUUGACAGUUUGUGGGGAACAACCCUCCUGCCGCUGUUUUUUAAAAAUCAGAAAUCUUGCCCUUGAAACUAUGUUAAAUUCAAACCAAGUAUACUUGUUUUAUGAAAGAAUUAUAUUUUUCAAAAUACGGGGUUUUUUGUUUGUUUGUUUGAUGGGUCCCAGAAAACGCUAAUAAAAACCACGGAGAGCAGCC